CAUUAAACCAGUACAAUGAAGAAGAUUCUUGAGAACUAUGAUGGCUUUGAGGAACUCAAAACACUGAUCGAUGUCGGUGGUGGUACCAAAGCCACGUUUAAUAUGAUCAUCACCAAACACCCUUCCAUAAAGGACAUUAACUUUGAUUUGCCUCAUGUCAUUGAGGAUGCUCCGACUUAUCCUGGUGUGGAGCAUGUUGGUGGAGACAUGUUUCAAAGUGUUCCUAAAGGAGACGCUAGUUUCAUGAAGUGGAUAUGUCAAGACUGGAGCGAUGAGCACUGCUUGAAAUUUUUGAACAAGUGCUAUGAAGCUUUGCGAGACCAGGGAAAAGUAAUUGUUGCAGAAUCCAUUCUUCAGAUUACCCUGAUCCUAGCCUCCCUACUAAGUUAGUUCUCCAUAUCGAUUGCAUCAUGUUGGCUCACAAUCC